AUGGGCGCGCGCUCUAAUUCGAUUGUGCGCGCACCUGUAGCAUUUAAUAUUAAUAAUAAUAAUAAUAAUAAUAAUGUCAAGGCCUUGGUUGUUUUUGUGGUAUUAUUACUACUUUCAUGCACAAGCAUGUCAAUGUCACCUUCGGAUGCUGAGGCUCUAAUAAAGUUCAAGGGUUCAUUAACAAAUGCGGUGUCCCUCAGCAGUUGGGAUCCAUCCAUAAACCCAAAACCACCUUGCACCGGAAACAUUUCCAAUUGGGUGGGCUUGUUUUGCCUGAAUGGGAGGGUGCUGGGGUUACGCCUUGAGAGCAUGGGGUUAACCGGAAAUAUGGAAUUGGAAUCUCUUUCUUCAAUGCCGAUGUUGAGGAUGGUUAGCCUGAUGAACAAUACCUUUGUGGGUCCCUUGCCCAACAUCAAGAUGUUGCCCCAUUUGAGGUCUAUCUACUUGUCCUAUAAUCAUUUCUCAGGACAGAUACCUGACGAUGCAUUUACGGGUAUGCCUAGGUUGAGGAAAGUGUAUUUGUCCAAUAACGAGUUCACCGGUAAAAUUCCAUCCUCUCUCGCUAUCUUGCCUACUCUCCUCGUCCUCAGGCUUGACGCAAACAAGUUUCAAGGUGAGAUCCCCAAUUUUCAUCACAAGAAUAAUUUGAAGAUUAUCAACUUCUCUAACAAUAACUUAGAAGGUCCCAUCCCACCUAAUCUAAGAACCUUCGACGCCUCCUCUUUUAAAGGAAACACACUUCUAUGUGGGCCUCCUUUGAUGAAUAGUUGUGAAUUAGCAAAUCCCAAAAUGCUUGUUAUGAAAACUUUACUUAUUGUGAUGAUGAUAGCCUUUAUAGUAGCCAUUGUGGUUUCAAUAGUGGUCAUCUCCCGUUUGAGGUCCCAAAAGAAGCAAUUAAACGAAGAACAUUAUUCUACAACGUCAAAAUUUCAUACACAAGCAUCUAGCAAAUAUGUUAAGCCUCCUGCAGUUUAUGUGAAAACUAAAAGUUUGGCCGAACACUAUGAUCCCAGAAGUCCUAAGCCAGAUCAGUACAGUCAUGGUCAUUCCAAAAAGGAAAAGGGCGAACAAGGAAAACUUAUAUUUCUCAGGAAGGAUGGACUCAAAUUUGAUUUACAGGAUUUACUAAAGGCCUCCGCUGAAAUUCUAGGAAGCGCGUCAUUCGGUUCAUCCUACAAAGCCGUGAUCUUGGAUGGCCAAGCCGUGGUUGUCAAGAGGUACAAGCAAAUGAACAAUGUGCAAAGAGAAGAGUUCCAUGAGCAUAUGAGAAGGCUAGGAAACCUCAGUCAUCCCAAUGUUCUACCUCUCAUUUCUUAUUAUUAUAGAAGAGAAGAAAAACUUUUGAUCUCUUCCUUUGUUCACAAUGGUUGCUUGGCCAGUCAUCUUCAUGGUAACCACAACUACCAGAAGCCAGGACUUGAUUGGGCAACCCGUUUGAAAAUCGUGAAAGGUGUAGCGAGGGGUUUGUCAUAUCUAUAUAGUGCACUCCCAAGCGUGAUUGUGCCUCAUGGUCAUCUAAAAUCUUCCAAUGUACUUUUAGAUGAAUCCUUUGAACCUCUGCUCACUGAUUAUGCGCUCAGUCCUUUGAUCAAUCUUGACCACGCACAACAAAUCAUCAUGCCUUACAAAUCCCCGGAGUAUGCUCAACUUGGGCGCAUUACAAAGAAAACUGAUGUGUGGAGUUUUGGGAUUCUAAUAUUGGAGAUUCUUACGGGUAAAUUCCCAGAGAACUAUAUUACAGCAAGGCAUAAUAGUGAUUCUGACUUAGCUAGUUGGGUAAAUAUGAUGAUUACCGAGAAACGCACAAGUGAUGUAUUUGACGUAGAGAUGGGAGGAGUAGGUACUAGUAAAGCUGAAUUGCUCAAACUCUUAAAGAUUGGACUCGGUUGUUGUGAGGAGAAUGUAGAAAGAAGGUUGGACAUCAAAGAGGCUUUAGAGCAGAUUGAAGACUUGAAUGAGGGUCAAACAAGUACUACUGAUCAUACUGUUGGAGAAUACUCUUCCUCCCUUACCACCACUACUACUGAAAGGGAUGCUUACAGAGCUGUGUGA